CUGGUGAACUUUGGACAGGCAACUCAGCCGAAUCCGGGGCUGCGUUACAAGCUAGCUCUGACCUCUUACCCAUCUCGCCGUGGCAUUGAAUUGCACCAUAGAUACUUUGGGUUCAGUGACCAUUCUCGCUUUUGCUAAAUCACCAUUCCUAUCCGUGCGUAUUUUUCCUCUCUAUUGAGCGCCUCAGGGCAUAACAGAAAAACGUAAAGUGCAGGGAAACUAAAAGACGGAAUGCACAGAAAGGGGAGGGAAAGUUAAGAUUUGUAACUGAGAGAAACCCCUCCCCCUUUUUUUUGGUCAGUAAGUCAGAUCGGCGACGUUCCCCGCGAGGUUUGCUUCUUCUCUGCGCCUUUGUCUUUCACUCCUCCUGUCUUUAUUGCCCACCUCCGUUGUGUGCCAUCCCAGGCAUAGCCUGUUUCCUCACGACAUUUUCCCGCGUUUUUUUUUUAAGACAACCUGUUUCUUGGCUACAUAUUUUUCCCAACGCUUCUGGAGCUGGAGAUACAAGUUGGAUUGUUUUCUUAUGGUUAGCCAAACAAAAUGAAUGAUGAUAGACGUCGGUCACUGUUUUUCAGCAGUCUGCCUGAUCUGCAGAAGCUUUAUGCUGUGAAAGUUACAUUGAGUUCUCAACUGGGAGCAACUGAAAUUAGAACAGAACAAUGGAAGAUGUGCAAGCAACUCCUGCUGCUAUGUCAAGGUAUCAUAUCUUCGCCUGUUCCUGGAACACUGAAUCAAAUUUCAGUGAUUAUGACGAUACCCUUUUUUAAAUCAGGAACAUUUCAAGCUUAUAUAGAGAAACACAGAGCUACAGUAGGAAUGCCAGAAAGUGUUACCCCAACUAUCUUUCAAGUCUGCCUUUCUUAUACUCUUAGAGCCAAACUUGCCCCUAACUGGAACCAAGCCGGUCACUUGUUGAUACAAGGGAGAAAUUUUUUGUCACAGAUGGGAAAGCAAAAUGCAGUUGCUGUGGAUAUCAGUGUAUCAGAAACUCAACUUUGCAUCACUGUGGAAAUAUGCAGGAUAUGUUUACCACCGCCUGAGCUUGAAGAUUUUGAUAUUUCAACAAACAUCAUAAAGAGCUUUAACAAUGAUACCACUGCAGUCAUUUCAGAAUGUUCUAUUUUAAGUAAUUGGUGUUAUGUUUUGCCAAGUAUGAAAAUGGGUCAGAUUAUGAGUAUCAGUCAUUUAAUUCCACCUGAUUCUCCAUUUCAUUCAUACAGUGAUUUACAGUUACAUUGGGAAAAUCUGUAUGGCUACCUUCUCCCAGAGGAUUCACAGACGUAUUUCAACAUUUAUUUCAGACUGAUAGGAGAACAACUUUUUACAUAUCCUUCCAGUUGCAUCAGAAGUCAGCCCGUACAGUACUUUCCUAGAGCAAAUUUAGAAUCUAUUUUAGAUUCUUUUGUUACUGAUCUGAAGACUGCCAUUCCUCAUAUAUGUGGAUUUCCUCUUAAGAUGACACAGAAAGCAAUGUGUACUACAAAUAAUUUUAUAACAGCAUCUGUUCAGAAAGUAAACUCUAAACCAGCCAACCUUACUGUAGGAAGGAACUGCAAGGUACCUUUGACUCAAGUAGUUCCAAAGAAAGAUGAUGAGUAUGCUGGAAUAGAAGAAGACAAAAUCAAUACUGGACAACAAUGGAAAACAUCAGAAAAUUCUGGUUCAACAUUGAAAUCAAAUGAUGCCAAGAGGAUCAUACCCAUUUUCAAAGGAAAGUUACUGCAAGUGGAUAGACUGUUCACUAAAAGAAUCAAUGAAAAGAAAACAAAAAAUGUUUCAAAAGAUUUACCCAAACUAGUAACAGAUAAUGCAAUUGCUAAAUUGGCUGUAUUCAGCGCAAAUGCAGAUCAGAUUAACAAAUCACUCUCUGAUACAUCAUUUCAAAAUGUUACAAAUAAAAGAAAAAAUAUUAGAGCUAACAAAUUUCUAUUAAAAGAAGAAAAUAAAGAUGUUGGGUAUCUAUUAAACUUCCCUUUAUUUAAUGAAACAGUUUUAACCAAACAUUCCAGUAAAAACAAAUCUACAAAGCUACAUUUUUCUUUGAUAUCUGCUGAUAACCAAUCAAAGCAUCACACAGCAAGCACCAGUCAGCUUCUGAACAAACCUGCACAUCUCAGUGCAGGUCAGAAUCUUCUCAGAUGGAAGAAAACUGAUGAAAUAGCUGAAGGAGCUCCUAGAGUAUUUCAGAAUCAGAUACCAAAUUCAGUGAAGGAAACAAAAACAAAUGAUUACAGAUUAACCAGUUCAGGAUCUGAAGGGCUGACAAUAUCCAAUAAAUCCAAAAGAAAAAGAGAUUGGAAAGAAUCAGUGUCCUAUCAAGACAUCACUAAGACCUCAAGACCUCAUCUGCAGGAAAAAGAAAGAAGUUAUGCAAAACCUAAAAAAUCAAGAACCAGUAAGUCAUCAAAGUAGAAAAAAGAUGCAAAAGAGAAAAUAAACAGCAGGUUUGUUGAAACUAAACCAUGAAAGGAUGGUGGUGGUGUUUUCACUUAAGACUAGAAGUAUUUAACUCAUACUGUGCUUUUCCUGUUUCAUGAUUGAAUAAUUGAUGAUUUAAAAAUGGCCAAGUUUCAAUUUUUUCCCCACAGCAGUCAAGAAACCAUACACAUUCAAACAGACAAAUAAGUCUCCAUGCAUAGAAUCCAACUCCUACAUACACAUAGUUAUUCUAUGUGUAAAUUAGAAUUACUGAUUAAAUUUCUAAGCUGCCAAUAACUGAUAUUCUCUGGGCAAAUAAUACAUAUAUGCUUAUGAAUUAUUUGCAUUGAAAAUAAUAGAAACAGUACAGGCAAUAACCUCAAGUACAGCUCUUAUGUUCUGAAUGUAUGAUUAGUAUGAUCAAACGGACUGCUAUUGUUCAUAUGCAAUGCUAAACUGUGAAGUGCUAGGCGCAGAUAUACAAUUCUAAUUCUCUGCAUUAGGUGGAAGAAUGAAAUAGGAGUCUGGUUUACUUUAUUCAAAUCCUGGUUUAUCAUUCAAUUUAAACCAGGAAUUAUAAUUAUAAUAAAACUGUAAACACAUUGGUGAUCUGCCAACUCCUAUCUAAGGGUGUAAUCACAGGAAAACAUGAAGGACUGCAGCUGUAACAAGAGUUUUUCACUUUCACUCUAGAGCAUAUAUUCAAUCGUCCUUACAUGUCAUGAAUUGUGAUUUAUUUCCUAUUUCCUAAUGGGAUAAAAAACAAUAUUUGUUCACACAACACAAGUGUUUUGAAAUAGUGUUUUUGUUCUUGUUGUUUAAAACAAACUUUUGUUUAAAACAUGAAUUUCAUUCUUGAUAAUUCCUUUAAAAGUUAUCAUUCAAAUUGUUUUUAUCCAUUUUUGAAGAUUUCUUCUCUUAUAUUUUCUCUGUCCUGUAAAGACAUUUUACUUCUCUUCUAUAGAUGAAAGAAUAUAUUUAUAUGAUUAUAAACCAAA